AUAGCAAUAUUAGUUAGAUUAGUUAAAAAGAUAACGAACCCCUAUUGCCGCAGGACCUAUCGAUUCACCGUAGUUCUUACACGGAGCAUUACUUAAUACUCAGUUAAUGUUGGCUCAAAGAGAGGCAUUUAAAACACUUGAUAUGCCUACAUGAUACGAUUGAUAUGGCGAAGUGGUGCUGGUUGGUGUAUAUCGUUCAUUUGAGGGCAAUAACGUUUCAACGAGUAAUUUUACAACUACAAGGGAAUUGUUCGGCUCGAUUUCCAGCUCGUUCGUGUGAGCCCGCGAUACACACGUCUGCUGGGAACCGAGCCAAGGGAAUUGUAUGAUACCAAAUGACUCCACAGCAUUGCUCACCUAUUAAACCUUUGCUGUGUUUAUGGGUGUUAUUUUCUGAACUUCACAGAGCUUGAUCAGUAAUUUAACAAAAGAAAGACUUGAGCGCAUUUCAUCUCAGCAGAAAUCUGGCGUUCGCCGAGUAUUAAUGGCGGCAUUUCGAAUAAUAAGAAACAAAGAUAAUCUCUAGUGAACGGCGGAUUGGAUCCACAGGGAGCCCAUCCAAUUGGAAGAACUCCAUCGUGGAGAUACUUUCCUUUCUGAUCGAGGGAAAACAGAUAUUUUUUUUUUCGUUCUCCAAGGACAAUGCUCAAUCAGGCCUAGGGGCUGUAAUGUUUGUCUGAAUGAGGGUGACAUUGAGCGGCUGCUUCCAAUAAGCGAGAGGCAUUUUUCUCCCGCUUUCACCACAUGGCGCGCCAAUGAUAAAACAUUCUUACCAAUGUUGUAAGGUACAAAAAUAAAAACACCGUUCGACCUUCUCUCCUGUUUUUUACUAAUGUAAUGACUAGAAUAUCGGCGUCAAACGCGCUAUGUGAUCAUACGUUAACUGCAAAACCUGUAACACAAGAACCUUCCAUCAGGAAGUCAAUGCGCAUGGACAAGGUCACGUGAUAGCGGCACCUGAAGGUUUAUCCUGUUCAUCCCCUCAGAGGUGGGGUUCGUAAUAGCGUCAUGCAGGGCGUAGUGUUGUAUACGAAGGCGAUGAUUCCAGAUGUGCCAACUCACGAAGGGUGCAGAGGUUUUGGAUCAAUGAUGCGAUAACAUGUCGCUCCCGAAAGUACUUCUCCUGGCGGCUCUUCUCGUGGUUUCAUCUUCGGGAAUCAAGCAAGAUCCUUGCUCUGAGAAGACAUGUUCCAAUCAAGGAGAAGAGUGCGUCAUCAAUAGUUUCGGCAUGGCCGAGUGUCGGUGCACAAGCACCUGCUCACCAGCACAGCCUUCAGACCGCCUGUGUGCCUCAGAUGGUAUCACAUACAACAGCAAAUGUGAGCUGAACAAAACAGCGUGCUUGCUGGGCUCAUCAAUCACUGUACUCUACCGUGGUGCAUGUGACAAAGGCCUUAUACACGUCAGUGUCAAUCACCAGCGCAAACAAGCGCUGAAGAUAGACGAAGCGGGAUCUCUGUGGUGUCAGUUCACAGGAAAACCGCUAUAUAUCACAUGGAGCCGAAUGAAUGGAGCUAGACUUUCUCCUGUGGCUUCAGUAAAAAGAGAUAAGCUAGUCUUUUCUAAGGUGACACCAUCUGACAGGGGUGUCUAUUUAUGUAAGGCGGUUGGUUCAUCUGGCACGAGCACGUUGGCAAAAGUCACAGUUGAAUUAAAAGAGAAUCCCAAGAGGACGAUCGCUAAAGACCAGUCAAUCUCUAGAUGUACAAACCAGCCGGACUACGGUACUUGCGGCUUCAAGAACUUCGUAGUUCGGUGGUACUUUGAUAAAGCAGCAGGGAUAUGCAAACCUUUCGUUUAUAGCGGAUGUGGCGGCAACACCAACAGAUUUGUCACGAAGAGAAAGUGCGAGGCUUUUUGCCAAGGAGAUGUGGAACAAUCUAAGAAAUGCCCCGUAUCUGCAAGUUCAGAGGUUUGCAGCGCCCCCGGAGUAGACCAGUGUUUGGAAGAUCAGGACUGUCAGAUGGGACUCAAGUGCUGCAAAGUCGGGUGUGAAAGGAAAUGUGUCGUCCCCGUUGUACCAACAAAGCCUGGCAAGUGUCCGUUACCCCUGCCUCGCGGUUUGGCGUCAUGCGCAGAUGAGGUCGGGCACGAAUGUGACGUAGAUAGCGAUUGUGAAGAUGACAUGAAGUGCUGUGUGUGGGCGAUGGGCUGCGAGAGAUCGUGCGUCAAACCCCCUAAGCUUGAGCAAAAGUGCAACUCAACUCUAGAUCUUGGAUUUAUAAUCGAUGCCUCUGGAAGUAUCCGUAAUCAUCAAUGGCCGCACAUCAUCGACUUUGUCAAGAGCACUGUAGAUGGCUUCGAGAUCUUGGAGUCCGUGACUCAUGUGGGAGCCAUAUCAUACUCGACCACACCUGUACUGGAGUUCAGAUUCAAUACACUUAAAGGCGGCAAGCUUACAUCCGCGAACGUGAAGACACUUCUGAAUCGUGUCCGUCAUCAGAGAGGAUAUACCUUUGCCGAUAAAGCUCUGACACUUGCAAAUCAACAGCUUUUUACUAAGAAAGCAGGCAUGAGAAUCGCUGUCAAAAAGGUGCUUUUAGUGCUCAUGCACGGGAGACAGACCACCCACAAGGGACCGGCCACCCCGCUCAACAUGGCAGCCCAGGGGCUCAAGGACAAGGGCGUAGAGAUAUGGGCUCUGGGAGUGGGGGAUGAGGUCAGUCGAGCCGAGCUGAUUGACGUGGCCUCGGACCUUGAUAAAGUUAUCACCGUCGGAUCUUUUGGUGCAAUGAAGGGAAUCGUGGACGAAGUUGUUAUUGGAGCUUGUAAAGUUUCUAACUUGAAAGUUUGUCAGAAGGCUUACCGGGAAGCAAUCAAGUCAUCCUCACCCUUCAUUCCGCGGUGUAAUACGGACGGCACUUACAACAGCGUUCAGUGUCAGGGCGAGAUUUGCUAUUGUGUGGACCAAAAUGGCGGGAGAAUUGCCGGCAGUGACACACGUAGAGAAGCAGGUCUUCCCGCGUGUUCUUCUGUUGGUUUACUGACGCCCUGCCAGCAAGCAUAUAACCAAGCGAUAAUCCGUCCGAGUAUUGGUCAGUACAUCCCAAGAUGCAAGGCAGAUGGCAACUACGAGGAAGUGCAAUGCGAAGGCGUGACGGGAGAAUGCUGGUGUGUCGACAGCCGGGGCCAGGAACGACCAGGGACACGUACCAAGGAUUCCCUUCUCUGCCCACCACUCUCAAGUCAGAUCCAUAGUCACUCAGACCACAAAGACAUGCUGACUGAUUGUCAAAGGCGAUAUGUCCAGUUGUCCCGUAGCCCGAUUCCUGGGCGUUACCUACCCUGGUGCACCCCUGACGGCCGAUACAACUGGCUUCAGUGUUACGAGUUCUACUGCUUCUGCGUCAACGUAGACGGAUACGAAAUCGCAGGAACACGGCUAUUCAGUGAAGCUGGAACGCCUAACUGCACUGCUCAAGGUGUCAGCCUUACACCCUGCCAGAAGCAGAAGCAGGCACUCGGCAGCAGACGCUUAAUCCCAGAUAGAUACACCCCCACCUGUAAGCCGGACGGUCGUUUUGAGGAGGUUCAGUGCAACCCUGCUACCAGCGCGUGUUGGUGUGUGGAUAGCGAUGGCCAAGAGAUCAUGGGCUCGAGGAGUACAGGUCCCGUCAAGUGCACGAAGCAAGGUGAACCGCUGACCAAGUGCCAAGAGCAAUUCCAGGCCGCGCUGCGGAGCCGAUCGGCAGCAAGCGUUGCACCGUGGUGCGUAUCUGACGGCAGCUAUGAGCCAAUCCAGUGCUACGGCCCUGAAUGUUACUGCGUGGACCAGGAAGGAGCGAUCAUAGAAGGCACAAUGGUUAGUUUGGUACAAGGAAGACCCGACUGCUCAAAAUCUGCAAACCAGCGUUCAAAGUGUCAAAUCAGCGGCCAAGACUUCGCGUUAUCCCUCACCAAGGGUAACACACCGAAAUGCAAGCAGGACGGCGCGUACGAAGAGAUCCAGUGCAAUGCGAUAGCUAGACAGUGCUGGUGCGUAGACAGGAGCGGCAAAGAGAUCCCAGACACCCAAACAAGCGGCACCAUUAGAUGCCCUACUAUAGGUGCCUCCCUGGCCCCUUGUCACGAGGAGUACCAGGAAAAGACCAGGAACUGGUUGCUAGAAGCCCGGUCUGUCCCAUGGUGUUUGCAAGACGGUCUGUACGAACCAAGGCAAUGCCACAGGUCGGAUUGUUACUGCGUUACCUCCCUUGGCGUAGAAUUAGCUGAGUCAAGGGUGAAGAUUGCUCGCGGCGAGGCGUGGUGCGACCAGAAAGGAGGGGAUACCAUCUGCCAGCGCAAGGCCAAAGAGACUAAUUCUCCAGUAGCGGAGUCCGCGGCCCCGGAGUGCGACCAAGAUGGUCGUUUUACCGAGGUUCAGUGCCAAGGAGUCACGUGCUCCUGUGUUAACGCCCAUGGGAUCGAGGUCAAGAGUACGCGACACGCAAGGGCUGACGGGAAACCUAACUGUCCAAGCCAAGGAUCCGUUCUGUCAAAUUGUCAGAAGGCUGUUGAGACAGCCUUAAUAUCAAACAGUGCUUUCGUGCCGAGGUGCGCACGAGAUGGCUCGUACAAUCCGGUUCAGUGUGGCAGUGGAGAGUGCUGGUGCGUGGAUGACAAUGGACAGGAAGUCGACGGAUCGCGAUCCACGACAAACGUCAUGUGUCAAAAUGCUGCAGCUUUGUCAAGCCCUUGUUGGCAGGAAUACCAGGCGAAAGCUCGCUCCUCUAGCUUUAGCUACGUGCCAAGAUGUAAUUCUGACGGUAGCUAUGACGACGUUCAAUGCUUUUCGGGAUACUGCUUCUGUGUGGACAAGAAGGGCGCCCAAAAGAGAGGCUAUGGCGUGAACGUGAUGCGCAAUGGCCCUAUCAAAUGCGACAAGAAAGAUGAACAUAAGACCGAUUGUCAACGACGUCGCGCUGAAAUCCUCAAUGGCAUGACGUCAUACAAGUUCAUACCGGAGUGUACGGCGGAUGGCGGCUAUAGCCGAGUGCAGUGCGAGUCAAGGUCUUCUGGCCCGUGCUGGUGUGCUGAUGAUACUGGCAGAGAGAUCAACGGCACAAGGACAACUGGGACCGUCACAUGCCCUGGGAGUAAAGAGACCACGUGUGGCGGAGUGUUCUUUUCAUGGUUUGGGCCUGCCAAUGGCUUAUGGAAUCACGUGCCUGUCUGUCUCGUGGGUGGUAGAUAUCGCAAGGUACAGUGCGAUGGAAAUUCUGGGUACUGCUGGUGUGUUGAUAAGAAUGGAAGCCCAAUCAUGCGCACUGCCACAAGAGGCAUUCCCGUCUGUCCAAGUCAAGAUGGCUCUUCCCCUCGAACAGACCCCGUGACCCGUUGUCAAGAGCACAGAGAGCGUGUGCUUGGUCCCAAGGGCGUGGCAGAUCCGGGAUCUUACGUCCCCGUAUGUAGGGAUGAUGGUUCUUAUGAGGAUGUCCAGUGCAAUAAGACAUACUCGUCACUCGUGUGUUGGUGUGUAGACGAGAGCGGCAUGGAGAUCAAAGGAACGAAGAGAACCGGCAAAAUCAAUGACUGUAUACCGCGCGUCCCCGAGACAGAGUGCCAGAGCCAGGUAAAGCAAGCCCUUGAGACGCCUUCGGGAAAGGGUCGAUUUGUGCCGCGCUGUAAGGCGGACGGCCAAUUCGAGGAAGUCCAGUGUAACGAGUGGACAGGGCAGUGCUGGUGUGUGGACAACAGUGGUAUAGAGAUCCAAGGAACUCGGACGAAGGAUUUUGUCUCCUGCCCUGGACAAAAGCGUGGUAUGACGGAUUGUCAGCGCCAGUACCGCGAGGCCGAGGAAGAUAAGUUCACCAUGGGUCGCUUCAUGUCGCGGUGCACGCCAGAGGGGAGGUACCAUGACGUGCAAUGCCAGGAGUCCGUCUGCUACUGCGUCAAUGCUAACGGAGAUGAGAUCUACGGGACAAGAGUUGACAUGCCCAGCAGACCGAACUGCACUAACGCCGCUAACUCGUUGACCGUGUGUCAAUACAAACACCAAGUGUCAUCAGUGAACGCAGCGCCGGGCGCAUUUGUGCCUCAGUGCAGAUCAGACGGUGGGUAUGACGUCGUGCAGUGCCGAGGUGCGGUCUGCUACUGCGUGGACAAGAGAGGAAUCGAGAUACAGGGAACAAGACUACCUAUUGCAGACAAAAGGCCUAACUGCGAUAACCCAGCACUUGAGUUGACACUGUGUCAGCGGCAGUACCAGGAAUACUGGAAAAACCCGGUCAGCGGUCGCUAUGUGCCUCGAUGCGACUCCAAAGGAUCGUUUGAGAAGACGCAAUGUCUAGGAGGCUACUGCUUCUGCGUGGAUGACGACGGCACGGAGCGAAAAGGAUCACAGGUGCUUCAGACCGACGGCCUUAUUGACUGCUCCGACCAAGACCGUCCCUUGACUCCGUGUCAGACGGAGCUCGCGCGAGUGCUCUCAAGCCCGCCUAAUCCAAACCGCGGAGCUCCUCGGUGUGCCGCGGACGGAGCGUAUCACGUGGUACAGUGCGAUGACACGCAGACGGGGGAGUGUUGGUGCGUAAAUGGAAGUAAUUCAGAGAUUCCCGGGACGAGACGCAAAGGACGCGUGAACUGCACUCAAGCAAAAGGGAGGCAAACCGAAUCCGCCUGCGUCCUUGGCCAAGCUCAAAAUACUAUCAGCUUUGCCAAGUUUAUACCCAAGUGUGCGAGAAAUGGCUUUGAUUCUUUCCAGUGUGACUACCAAUACGGGUACUGCUGGUGCUCCGACGUCAACGGAAACAUGGUGCCUCUUACUACUUCCCGAGGCAGAGCAGUAUGCAACUCUUCAGCCCCUCUUCCUCGGUGUAAGAUCCAACAAAUGAGAGCCCGGGGCCUAACGGGUGUUGCCCCUCCCAGUGCCUACAUCCCACAAUGCCUUGACGAUGGAAGCUACGAAAGCGUUCAAUGUCUCCAGGCUACUCAGUAUUGCUGGUGCGUGGGCUCCAAUGGCUUCGAGAUCCCCGGGUCAAGAGAGUUUGGACGACCCGACUGCGACGAUAUGAAAGGUCUCCUAAAAUCUGCCAACGGCAACCAUAAGCGAGAGAAGAGCGCUUGUCACCAUGCAAGACAGAGAGCUCUAGGCCCAUCAAACAUGCCGAGCGCGGCGUCCUUCGUGCCCGAUUGCGAGGCCGACGGCACAUUCAAGGCUGUGCAGUGUCACAGGGCCACCGGCUACUGCUGGUGUGUGGAUAAGGCAGGACAGGAACAGCCCGGGUCGCGAACUCAACAAGCUCCAAACUGCUCCUCAGCAGCAAUCAACUUAACCACGUGCCAUACGGACCGCAUGAGGGCGCUCGCAUGGACUGGACGGCUCAUCAUCAAUACCUUCGUGCCGCGAUGUCUUCCCGACGGUAGCUUUGAGGCCAUACAAUGCCAGCCUGCAACCGGAAAGUGCUGGUGCGUCGACGUCAAUGGGAACGAAUUGGUUGGCACGAGGACUGACUCAAAACCCGUAUGCACAUCAAGAGAUGGUGAGACACUCUGUCAGAAGAAACUAAAAUCCUCGUCUUAUACUACAACAUGCGAGCAAGAUGGUAGCUUUUCGGCCGUUCAGUGUCGCCCUGGUAACGGCGUGGAAAGACAGUGCUGGUGCGUUGACAGACAGGGCAAUGAGAUCCCUAAAACGCGAACCACAGGGACACCAGCCUGUGACUUCGCCGCUGGAUUGUCUGAAUGUCAGCGUGAGCGUCAGCGAGUUCUGGGCUGGUCGGGCGUGGCUGUUGAUGGUACCUUCGUGCCCGAGUGUACGGCGGAUGGGGGUUAUGAGCGCGUACAGUGCCACGAAGUCACAGGGUUCUGCUGGUGUGUGGAUGGCAAUGGGAACGAAAUCCCAAAAUCGCGACUCCAGGGAAGACCAGUAUGCAACCAUAAAGUCCCCUUGUCUCCGUGCCUGAAGGAGCGACAGCGUGGCCAGGGAUGGUCGGGACACCACAAUGGCGUGUUCAUCCCUCAGUGCGCCGAAAAUGGCACUUACGAUGAAGUUCAGUGUUAUGAAGGGGCAUGCUGGUGCUCAGACCCCCACGGCUAUGAGCUGCCCGGUACAAGGUCGACUCAAGGAACGCCUGACUGUUCUCUUGUACCAGCGAAUUUCACUGCGUGUCGCCGGUGGCGGCUCCGUGUGCUUGGGGCAGAUGGCGGUCCCGUACCCGUGGAUGUGUUUGUUCCCGUCUGCGAGGCGAACGGUUUGUUCAAGAAAGUCCAGUGCAGUGACACUUAUGGGUAUUGCUGGUGCGUCGACAUGAAUGGGAAUAUGAUAUCAGGGACCAAAACACUUGGAUCAGCACCGAGCUGCGAGAACAGAGCGGGUCCCACAAAGUGCCAACAAGAACAAAGCGUGGCCAGUGGGUCAUUUGUACCUGCCUGCCAAGCGGACGGUAGCUACGCCUCGGAGCAGUGCGAUACGGCGAAGGGCGAGUGCUGGUGUGUGGAUGAACAAGGUGGCGAGGAGGAGAAUACCAGGGUUUUAGGGACUUCCGCCUUCUGUCAGCCUUCCGCCGGCCUCACUAUUUGCCAGAAGGAGUUGCGGCGCGCCCAAGGUUUUGUAGGCAAGGCGCCUAAGGGCAGGUUCGUACCAAAGUGUAAGGCAGAUGGUUCGUAUGACAAUGUUCAGUGCCACAUUACCGGGUACUGCUGGUGUGUGGAUCUGGAAGGAACCGAGGUCCUAGGAACGAGAACUUCUGGCAAGCCCCUCUGCUAUGCUGCAGCCGGGUUAAGUAAAUGCCAAGUUGACCGUCAGCUCGCACUCGGAGGCAGUAACUCUGGGCUGAAAGGGAAACUCCCGCCAAAAUGUCGCCCAGACGGCUCGUACGAGGAGGUUCAAUGCGACCGGAAGUUAGGCGAGUGCUGGUGCGUGGAUCAAAACGGGAAGGAGGUACCGCGCACGCGUCAACUUGGAGUACCACUGUAUUGCUCUGGAGAAGAAUCUUCUCACUGUGUGCGUGAGCGUGAGCGUGCGCUAGCGUGGACCGGGAUCAGCGUGCCCGGGCUGUUUGUGCCAGAGUGUAAGCCAGACGGCACAUACGAGGGCAUGCAGUGUCACGUGGGUACAGGACUGUGCUGGUGUGUGGACCGUUGGGGUCAUGAGAUAAUUGGAACACGAGUCAAGGGGAGUCCUGACUGCAGGAGUGCACAAGCAUCCAUAAGUAAUUGCGUGCUCGAUCAGCAAAAAGCAUUGCUAUGGUCUAGGCAGUACGACUCCAUCUACGGAGUGUUUUCCCCGAGCUGCGAAGACGACGGUAACUACACAAACAUUCAGUGCCACAGCCAGACCGGCUACUGCUGGUGCGUCAACCAAGACGGCAAUGAACUAUGGGGCUCACGGACCCGUGGACAACAACCGGACUGCAAGGCAUUUGAAGACACAGUGACGCAGUGCUCAAAAGAGCAAAAAGAAGGCAUGAAAUACAGACAAGCUGAUAACCUGUUAAGCCGGUUCGUACCAGAAUGCGAUCAGAGAGGCGGUUAUAGCCCUGUCCAAUGUGACGGCGCAGGCUUCUGCUGGUGUGUGGAUAAGUAUGGGCUGGAGUUACCCAGGACAAAAGUGAAAGGGCUCCCUAGAACAUGCGGCAUCUACGCCGGGACAACAGCUUGUCAGCGUGAGCGCUAUCUCUCCUUGUCUCUGAAUGGAAGCCCGCCGCCCGGGCGGUUCGAGGCCUCGUGUGCCGAGGACGGAAGCUACAACAGUGUGCAGUGUGGAUCAGGCUUAUGUUGGUGUGUUGACAAGGAGGGGUUGGAAAUCCCACGAACGCAGUCUAAAGUCAAACCACAGUGCGAACUCAACGAGAACAAGCUAACAGAAUGCCAGCAGGAGCGUUAUCGCACGCUUGCAAGGGCAGGACAAUUCACUCCUGAGUGUGACAAUGAUGGGACCUAUAAAACACGACAAUGCUUCAACGGUCUCUGCUGGUGCGUUGAUCGGUAUGGGAAUGAGAUCCAAGGAACGCGUUCAAGUGAACAAGGGACCUGUCCUGACGUGCUCCCAGAAGAUUCGUUGACGGCUUGUCAAGCCAAGCGUCAAGAAUCCCUCAAUAGCGGAGAAGUCAGUAACGGAUUUGUUCCCCUCUGUAAAGAGAACGGAAUGUUUCGUCCUGUUCAGUGCCUUGCCGGGUCAACAUACUGCUGGUGCGUAGACAAGUAUGGACAGGAAUUACCGCGAACAAGGACCGAGGGGACUCCCUACUGUGGACCGUUAGCGGGCUUGACGAUGUGCCAGAAGGAGCGCCAGAUCGCUAUCGGUUGGACGGGUGUGGCUGCUCCGGGCUCGUUUGUGCCCAAGUGUAAGUCAAACGGCGAAUACGACACAGUGCAGUGUCACGGAUCCACGGGCUUCUGUUGGUGCGUGGAUGAUGACGGCAACGAGAUUUCCGCGACUAGGACGCGUGGAAGACCAGUUUGCGUUGUAUUCAAUGGCCUGACCAAGUGUCAGCAAGAGCGAGAGCGGGCAUUGGGCGUACUCGGUACCCAGCCUCCGGGUCGGUAUGUCCCAAAGUGCACCCCGGAGGGUGCCUAUGUAACUGAACAGUGCCACACGUCUACGGGCUUCUGCUGGUGCGUUGACAACAUGGGUCGCGAGCUUCCCGACACGAGGAGAAAGGGGAAUGCGCUCUGUGAUGGCAGAGGUCAACUCAGCCCUUGUAAUGCCGACUACAUGUGGACAAUGGCGCUCUCAAUCAAAGAUGGCUACUACCCUGCAUGUCUGCGAGAUGGCAACUACAGGGAGAUCCAGUGCCACUACGCGCCCGGUAAACAGUGCUGGUGUGUGGACGAGAAUGGAAACCCCAUCUCAGGAACAAUGGCGAAAUCUCCUAACUGCACAACAUCGGACGAAGGUAUCCGACUGACCACGUGCCAGGAAAGGCGGCGAAAAUCUUUAGAUUCUAGCGGUUCUACUCCUCGGAAGCGCACAUCGUUCAUUCCGCAGUGCAAGCAGGAUGGUAGCUUCGACUCUAUUCAGUGCCACGCCUUAUCGGCAGAGUGCUGGUGUGUGGACAGACGCGGGACAGAAAUUCCUGGAACUAGGACAAAAGGCAGACCGAACUGUGAGAAACCAGCAUGUAUGCAGGAGCGAAUGUAUGCCAUGGGCGAUCGCGCCAUUCCAGGCCGUUAUGUCCCUAAGUGCACUGUUGAUGGGCGGUACAGUCCUAUGCAGUGUCAUUACUCCAGCGGCUACUGUUGGUGUGUCGAUGAGUUUGGACGUGAGGUGCCCAACACUAGGAUCCAGGGGAAACCGAUAUGCGGCAUUAAAGGUGGAUCAAUGUCGUCAUGUCAGCGCAUGCGUAGAGAAGGUCUACGUAAUCUCGCCCCAGGCCGACCGGUUGCUCGAUGUAAGGCAGAUGGAAGUUUCGAUCAAGUCCAGUGCCAGGGUACGGUAUGUUACUGCGUCAAUAAAAAUGGAGAAGAAAUUCCCGGUACUCGAAUCGAUCUACCCGACAAGCCCCAAUGCUUGGCCGUCCAAAAGAAUGAAGGAGUUCCCAGCUCUAAGUGCUUGGCCCAGUACAGAAAUGCAAUGAUGAACUUUGCAAUAAACCGGUUUGUGCCCCAUUGUAAGUCGGAUGGGCAGUUUGAGGCGGUGCAGUGUACAGAUGGUUGGUACUGGUGCUGGUGCGUUGACAAGGUCGGACAAGAAAUCAAAGGAACGCGGACACGAGGAUGGCCAAAAUGUGCAGGUGUUGACGACUAUCCAUCUAACCCCUUGACCCGCUGCCAGUCGGAGUACCGUUCCGCCCUCAAGAGCUAUAUCUACGGCCGCUACGUGCCGCGGUGCCGCCCAGACGGCAGUUACGAGCUCGUUCAAUGCCAUAGCUCAUUAUGCUUCUGCGUCAAUCAGUACGGUGUUGAGAUAGCAGGAACAAGAAGGCCAGGCCUGAACCCGCCAAAGUGCAACGUCUUCCCGGAUGGCAAAACCAAAUGCCAGCAGCAGUACGAAAGCAGACGCACCCUCUACCCCCUGGGAGCAUUUGUACCUCGAUGCAAGCCUGAUGGUGCUUAUACAAACGUUCAGUGCGAUCAGGGUCGGUUCUGCUGGUGUGUGGAUAGAGAUGGCCAAGAGGUGCCAGGAACAAGAACACCAGGGUGGCCGAAAUGCCCAGAACAAGAUCAAUCAUCCUCCCCAUGUCACUUGGAAUUCAAGGAAGCCAAUACCAAAGACGCAUGCGCACCGCUGUGCAAACCAGACGGAGGUUACGAGCUAGUACAAUGUCAGGCUGGUGACUGCUUUUGUGUGGAUGAUAAAGGGAGGGAGAUACCGGACACCGCCACGUCGCUCCCGAACACUCCCACAUGCAUAGCCGCAGGUCGUACGAUGUCUCCAUGUGAGCGUCAGUACGAGCUCGCCAUUCAGAGGCAUGUAUUGAGUCGAUGGAUCCCACGCUGCAGGUCUGAUGGUACCUACGAGCCGGUGCAGUGCGAUCGAGGCUGGUACUGCUGGUGUUCAGAUGUGGACGGCAAGGAACUCCCAGGAACACGCAAGCGAGGCUGGCCUGACUGCGGGAUCAAGAUUGCAAAGCUGACAAGAUGCCAAAGGCUGCACAUGCUGUCAUUGCAGCACCUGAUACCGGGCAGGUUCAUACCGCGCUGUAGAGGCGACGGCAGUUUUGACCCCGUCCAGUGCUUUGGGUCUGUAUGUCUGUGCGUGGAUAGAUAUGGGGUCGGUGUUGCGGGCACUUCCAAGUCCAGAUUUAUGGAGCCAGACUGCGCGCCUCUCGGUUCUACGCUAACUGAUUGCCAGCGCCACUAUCAGCAAGCCGUAAGGCUGAGAAGUGCUGGCCACUUUGUGCCCACGUGUCGAGUGGAUGGCUCGUACCAGCCUCUACAGUGCUAUGGAAGCGUGUGCUUUUGCGUGGACGACAAUGGAGUCGAGGUGCUGGGAUCCAGAAGUCGUCUCCCAGAAACUCCUAACUGCGAUAAAAAUGCUGAGCAAAAGAUGUCCAACUGCAAAAAGUAUUAUAAAGAUGUUAUAAUGAGCCUUGACCCGACGGCGUUUGUCCCGCGGUGUAUGGGCGACGGGACGUACCACCCUGUCCAGUGUCGAGGCAUGGCUUGUUACUGUGUGGAUGCAAAUGGAAGAGAGAUAGAGAAGACCUCCUCACCAAGGCCACUCAGCCCUGACUGCUUCGGUGCCGUACCCAAACAAUGCCAUCAAGAGUACGCAUCCGCCAUUACAACAUUCCGGCCAGGUCGGUACCUCCCGAGAUGCACCACGUCCGGACUGUAUCAGGAUGUGCAGAUGAAGGACUAUUACACGUACUGCGUGGACGCCAAGGGGCAGGAGAUAGAUGGGACACGGCGACCUGUGCCAUUUAACCCACAAUGCAAAUAUCUUGAUAAAACAGGGUUUGCACUUCGUCCGGGUUUCUGCCAAAUUCCAUGGGAGAACGGCACUUCAUGCGGAAUGGCGAAGGACGAGUGUGCCUAUGACCCGGAGUGUCCUGACGCCGCUAAGUGCUGCUUUAGCGGAUGUAGGAACACGUGCGUACAGAGAGAAAAGGAUGAUAUAUGCAGUCGAGUCAUUAAUCUCGCGAUUGCCGUAGACACCUCAAUGAAUAUGGACCGAUGCACUUGGACCCGUAACCUUGGGUUCCUCCGUGCCCUUGCUCUCAAGUUUGCCGUUUCACCUGAUACUGUCCGCAUUGCCCUGGUCUCAUUCGCUGAAAACGCAAACGUAGAGAAUUCAUUUCACGAUCCGAAUCGCCCGUUCAUCGAUAUCCAGGAGAUUCGUAGGAUCAUGUCGAAGAUUGGUUGGACUGGCGGGAAAAGCGAUGUAAAUAAAGCUCUUGAUGUUGCCGAUACUAUGCUUUUCGACUCAAAGGGAGAAGUCAGGAUACAGAGCUCAAAGGUUCUUGUCGUCCUAACUGAUGACAGUCGGGCUUUCGCCUUGAGUUCCAAAAUGAAGUCUCUAAAGAGCAAGGGCGUUUCGGUUUAUGGUAUCCGAGUCGACAAGAAACAACAAGCGACAAUCACACCUGACGCUGUUUUUGCUAAGAGCUCCAUGACUUUGAUGAAGGCAGUAGAUCCCUUAGCAAACACCAUAUGCUCAGCUAACGACUGCAAGGCAGAGUUCGAUGUCGCUUUUCUGGUUGACGCAUCUGACAGUAUCGGUCGCAGUAGCUGGAAACUAAGCAAGCAAUUCCUCUUGGAAUUUCUGAAGACAUUUGAAAUUGGCGAGGACAGAGUACAGCUUGCAGUGAUUACUUACAGUACCGAUGCAAAGAUUGCCUUUAGGUUCAAUACCCUGAAGGGCAAUGAUCUGAAUGCUGAGAAAGUCGGUGCACUGAUCGACAGCAUGAAGUGGAAGAAAGGUUAUACAUUUAUUGACAAGGCGCUACAGCUGGCUCAUGAUGAGAUCUUCACCCCUGUUGCUGGGAUGAGGAUGGACGUCCCUAAGGUUCUUAUUGUGUUAACCGACGGAAAACAAUCGAAAAACAAAGGGCCCUUCAGAGAGCCAGCUAUCGUGGCUAAGAGUCUAAAGCAAAAAGAUGUCUCAAUAUACACAGUUGGCAUUACCAGCAGCGUAGAUAAGUCCGAGUUAGAGAGCAUUGCAUCAUCGCCGAAUAUGACAUUCUAUACUGAGUCAUUUGCCUCCUUGAGGACUAUAACUGAACAGCUUCAGAACAGCGUCUGUAAACGCGCUCAAGAGAAAAACAGCACGUGUCCUUCCAAAUGGAAAGCCAUCAAUGGAAGCGUAUGUGACGUGACCCGAGAUUUAUGCUCCUCUAACAACGAAUGUCUUGGCCAGUUAAUCUGUUGUAAUAGCGGGUGCAACCAGGAAUGUGUCAAACCCCAAGUUUUUGCGAUGGCUCCAUACUCAGAUUGUGAAGCCGACAAGUCUUCAGGGGUGAUAACAUGCAAAUGUCCUGAUUGCAAGGAUAAGUCAGACCCUGUUUGUGGUAGUGAUAACGUCACUUAUGCUAGCGAAUGUCAGCUGAGAAGAGCAGCCUGCCUCAACGACACCUGGAUAACCACCCAGAGGAAGGGAGACUGCGAUGUCUGUAAGGACGUGUCUUGUACUUCUCCACCAUUUUCCACGUGUGUUGCCUUGAACGGCCGACCAGCCUGCAGCUGUCCCUCGAGCUGCGGGGAUGAGUCGUUACCUCAGCCUAUCUGCGGCUCAAAUAACAAGACGUAUGCGAACGAGUGCGAGUUGCGGAUGGACUCAUGCAAGAACAACAAGUCUAUUGCAAUCCAAUUCAGAAAAGAAUGCCCUGCUCCGUGUCAAGGUAAAGUAGAUCUGGCGUUUAUUGUGGACUCUUCUGGUACUAUUGGUCCAAUGAACUGGAAGCUAAUCAAGGGCUUCAUCAUCUCACUUGCAAAGGAGUUUGAUAUCGGUGAAGACGGUGCUCGGAUUGCCGUGAUUUCUUAUAGCACUGAUGCCAAGGUUGAGUUGAGAUUCAGAGAUCUUGUUGGUCAAGAUAUCAACCAUAAGAAUGUAAGCGCGGUCAUUCAACCAAUGCCUAGGCAGAAAGGAUAUACGUUUAUCGACAAGGCAUUGUACCUCGCUGACAAUGAGGUGUUUACCAUAGAAGCUGGAAUGAGGCUAAAUGCAGCAAAGGUGGCGAUGGUUUUCACCGAUGGUAAGCAGACCAGAAAACGUGGCAACUUCACCGAGCUGUUCAUCGCAUCGCGAGGGCUCAAGGCAAAAGGAGUUAUCCUGUAUGCCAUGGGAAUAGGAUACACCUGGGAUCAAGCGGAGUUAGAAGAAAUUGCGUCGGAUCCGGAUAAGGUUGUUAGUGCUUCGUCCUUCGAAGUCCUCCAUGAGAUUGCGGAAAAGCUUAAAGAAAGUCUUUGCAGAGUAGCAUCCCUAUCAAAGGAUGGACAGUGCCCUGAUAACUGGAAGGGCAUCAACGGUUCAACAUGUGAUGGAGAGAAGAACUCCUGCAAUUCUGAUGGAGACUGCCUUGAUGACUUAAAGUGCUGCCACAGUGGAUGCCACAAGCAGUGUGUCAAACCUAAUCAAGUUGUAGACCUGUCCCCGUAUGCGACUUGUGAGGCUAAUGUGCCAUCGGGUAAGAUCUCGUGCACGUGCCCCGAAUGCUCCAAGCGUGAGGAUCCCGUUUGUGGGUCAGACAGCAAGACCUACCCGAAUGAGUGCAGGAUGAGGCAAGAGGCGUGCUGGAACAACAAGUGGAUCAUUGUGGCCCAACAAGAGGAGUGCGAUCCAUGCAACAAGUACAAUUGCAUUACGCCUCCGUACUCAUCUUGUACAACUAAAGACAACAAGCCAACAUGCAUCUGCCCCGAGUGUCCUCAAGUAGACAAGCCGGUCUGCGGAACAAACAACAAGACUUAUACGAGCGAGUGUGCGUUGCAGGUGGACGCUUGUAAGACCAACACUAGCAUUGACGUGCAGCUCGACAAACCUUGCCCUGAGCCGUGUAAUCCUGCGAUAGAUAUGGCUCUUCUUGUGGAUUCCUCUGAUAGCAUAGGUGCCGAUGGAUGGAUAAAAAUGAAAAAUUACUUGACGUCCAUGCUGCGAGAGUUCGACAUCAGUGAGAACCGUACUCGAUUGGGCAUCAUUGUUUACAGCAGCGAUGCUAAAGUCAUCAUGAAAUUCAACACACUGAAAGGAAAGGACCUCAGUUUACAGGGUGUCAGCUCUUUGAUUAAACAAAUCGAGUGGCAGAGAGGAUUGACAUUUAUUGAUAAGGCGCUUAUGCUAGCGGACAAAGAGCUCUUUACUGCUGCAGCUGGGAUGAGAGCGGACUCGAAAAAGGUGUUAGUGCUAUUAACAGAUGGCAGGCAGUCAUCAGAUAAAGGUAGCUACACAGACCUGUCCGUGGCGUCAGGGGGCGUUAAGAAGAAAGGUGUCACGUUGUUUGCAAUUGGCUUCGAAGAUCAGUUCGUUACCAGCGAGCUCGAGCAAAUCGCAUCCGAUCCCAAGAAUGUCAUGGCUUCUAAGUCGUUCGGUGACUAUAAGAAAGUCGCCGAAAUGAUCAAGACAGCUGUAUGCCAAGACCCGAAGCCCACAAAGACAGAUGGCCAAUGUCCAAAGAUGUGGAAGGGCGUUAACGGCACAGUGUGUGGUGAUCGGGCUGAUUCCUGUCAAAAAGAUCGAGACUGUCCAAACAACUUCAUGUGCUGCGACAGCGGAUGCUACAAACAAUGCGUUAAGCCAAACCAAGUAUUCACGAUGCCGCCCUUCUCAAUUUGUGAAGUUCCGAUGAGAUCAGGGCAAAUCUAUUGCGUCUGCCCAGAAUGUGAUAACACUGAAUCCCCGGUUUGCACGAAUGAUGGCAAGAAGUUCCCUAACGAGUGCCAGAUGAGGCAAGACGCUUGCUUUAACAAACAGUGGACAACACCGAUAUCAUGCGAUCCCUGUUCUAACUUCACUUGCGAUUCUCCACCAUACUCAACGUGCAAAGCACAGGACGACCAACCCACAUGUGUUUGCGUAGAACCAUGUCCUAAGACUCUUAAACCUGUGUACGGGACGGACAACAAAAACUACGACAACGAGUGUCUGUUGAAGUUAGCAGCCUGCAAAUCGAACACACGUAUCCUCAUCGCCGGCUUUGGUCGUUACAAUCCGUGUAAGGAUGUUAACUGCACUUCCCCGCCUUAUUCAUCUUGUCGACCACUCGACAACAAGCCCGUCUGCGCAUGCCCAGAAAACUGUUCUUCGACAGUAGACCCAGUCUGUGGAACGGACAACAAUACGUAUGACAACGAAUGUCUUAUGAGGCAACAGGCGUGUGUGGCCAACGCCACGGUCGCAGUCAGACGGAAAGGGCAUUGUGAUCCCUGCUAUAACGUCACUUGCGAUUCUCCACCAUACUCAACGUGCAAAGCACAGGACGACCAACCCACAUGUGUUUGCGUAGAACCAUGUCCUAAGACUCUUAAACCUGUGUACGGGACGGACAACAAAAACUACGACAACGAGUGUCUGUUGAAGUUAGCAGCCUGCAAAUCAAACACACGUAUCCUCAUCGCCGGCUUUGGUCGUUACAAUCCGUGUAAGGAUGUUAACUGCACUUCCCCGCCUUAUUCAUCUUGUCGACCACUCGACAACAAGCCCGUCUGCGCAUGCCCAGAAAACUGUUCUUCGACAGUAGACCCAGUCUGUGGAACGGACAACAAUACGUAUGACAACGAAUGUCUUAUGAGGCAACAGGCGUGUGUGGCCAACGCCACGGUCGCAGUCAGACGGAAAGGGCAUUGUGAUCCCUGCUCUAACGUCACUUGCGAUUCUCCACCAUACUCAACGUGCAAAGCACAGGACGACCAACCCACAUGUGUUUGCGUAGAACCAUGUCCUAAGACUCUUAAACCUGUGUACGGGACGGACAACAAAAACUACGACAACGAGUGUCUGUUGAAGUUAGCAGCCUGCAAAUCGAACACACGUAUCCUCAUCGCCGGCUUUGGUCGUUACAAUCCGUGUAAGGAUGUUAACUGCACUUCCCCGCCUUAUUCAUCUUGCCGACCACUCGACAACAAGCCCGUCUGCGCAUGCCCAGAAAACUGUUCUUCGACAGUAGACCCAGUCUGUGGAUCGGACAACAAUACGUAUGACAACGAAUGUCUUAUGAGGCAACAGGCGUGUGUGGCCAACACCACGGUCGCAGUCAGACGGAAAGGGGAUUGUGAUCCCUGCUCUAACGUCACUUGCGAUUCUCCACCAUACUCAACGUGCAAAGCACAGGACGACCAACCCACAUGUGUUUGCGUAGAACCAUGUCCUAAGACUCUUAAACCUGUGUACGGGACGGACAACAAAAACUACGACAACGAGUGUCUGUUGAAGUUAGCAGCCUGCAAAUCAAACACACGUAUCCUCAUCGCCGGCUUUGGUCGUUACAAUCCGUGUAAGGAUGUUAACUGCACUUCCCCGCCUUAUUCAUCUUGUCGACCACUCGACAACAAGCCCGUCUGCGCAUGCCCAGAAAACUGUUCUUCGACAGUAGACCCAGUCUGUGGAACGGACAACAAUACGUAUGACAACGAAUGUCUUAUGAGGCAACAGGCGUGUGUGGCCAACGCCACGGUCGCAGUCAGACGGAAAGGGCAUUGUGAUCCCUGCUCUAACGUCACUUGCGAUUCUCCACCAUACUCAACGUGCAAAGCACAGGACGACCAACCCACAUGUGUUUGCGUAGAACAAUGUCCUAAGACUCUUAAACCUGUGUACGGGACGGACAACAAAAACUACGACAACGAGUGUCUGUUGAAGUUAGCAGCCUGCAAAUCGAACACACGUAUCCUCAUCGCCGGCUUUGGUCGUUACAAUCCGUGUAAGGAUGUUAACUGCACUUCCCCGCCUUAUUCAUCUUGCCGACCACUCGACAACAAGCCCGUCUGCGCAUGCCCAGAAAACUGUUCUUCGACAGUAGACCCAGUCUGUGGAUCGGACAACAAUACGUAUGACAACGAAUGUCUUAUGAGGCAACAGGCGUGUGUGGCCAACACCACGGUCGCAGUCAGACGGAAAGGGGAUUGUGAUCCCUGCUUUAACGUCACUUGCGAUUCUCCACCAUACUCAACGUGCAAAGCACAGGACGACCAACCCACAUGUGUUUGCGUAGAACCAUGUCCUAAGACUCUUAAACCUGUGUACGGGACGGACAACAAAAACUACGACAACGAGUGUCUGUUGAAGUUAGCAGCCUGCAAAUCAAACACACGUAUCCUCAUCGCCGGCUUUGGUCGUUACAAUCCGUGUAAGGAUGUUAACUGCACUUCCCCGCCUUAUUCAUCUUGCCGACCACUCGACAACAAGCCCGUCUGCGCAUGCCCAGAAAACUGUUCUUCGACAGUAGACCCAGUCUGUGGAUCGGACAACAAUACGUAUGACAACGAAUGUCUUAUGAGGCAACAGGCGUGUGUGGCCAACACCACGGUCGCAGUCAGACGGAAAGGGGAUUGUGAUCCCUGCUUUAACGUCACUUGCGAUUCUCCACCAUACUCAACGUGCAAAGCACAGGACGACCAACCCACAUGUGUUUGCGUAGAACCAUGUCCUAAGACUCUUAAACCUGUGUACGGGACGGACAACAAAAACUACGACAACGAGUGUCUGUUGAAGUUAGCAGCCUGCAAAUCAAACACACGUAUCCUCAUCGCCGGCUUUGGUCGUUACAAUCCGUGUAAGGAUGUUAACUGCACUUCCCCGCCUUAUUCAUCUUGUCGACCACUCGACAACAAGCCCGUCUGCGCAUGCCCAGAAAACUGUUCUUCGACAGUAGACCCAGUCUGUGGAACGGACAACAAUACGUAUGACAACGAAUGUCUUAUGAGGCAACAGGCGUGUGUGGCCAACGCCACGGUCGCAGUCAGACGGAAAGGGCAUUGUGAUCCCUGCUCUAACGUCACUUGCGAUUCUCCACCAUACUCAACGUGCAAAGCACAGGACGACCAACCCACAUGUGUUUGCGUAGAACCAUGUCCUAAGACUCUUAAACCUGUGUACGGGACGGACAACAAAAACUACGACAACGAGUGUCUGUUGAAGUUAGCAGCCUGCAAAUCGAACACACGUAUCCUCAUCGCCGGCUUUGGUCGUUACAAUCCGUGUAAGGAUGUUAACUGCACUUCCUCGCCUUAUUCAUCUUGUCGACCACUCGACAACAAGCCCGUCUGCGCAUGCCCAGAAAACUGUUCUUCGACAGUAGACCCAGUCUGUGGAACGGACAACAAUACGUAUGACAACGAAUGUCUUAUGAGGCAACAGGCGUGUGUGGCCAACACCACGGUCGCAGUCAGACGGAAAGGGCAUUGUGAUCCCUGCUCUAACGUCACUUGCGAUUCUCCACCAUACUCAACGUGCAAAGCACAGGACGACCAACCCACAUGUGUUUGCGUAGAACCGUGUCUUAAGACUCUUAAACCUGUGUACGGGACGGACAACAAAAACUACGACAACGAGUGUCUGUUGAAGUUAGCAGCCUGCAAAUCGAACACACGUAUCCUCAUCGCCGGCUUUGGUCGUUACAAUCCGUGUAAGGAUGUUAACUGCACUUCCCCGCCUUAUUCAUCUUGUCGACCACUCGACAACAAGCCCGUCUGCGCAUGCCCAGAAAACUGUUCUUCGACAGUAGACCCAGUCUGUGGAACGGACAACAAUACGUAUGACAACGAAUGUUUUAUGAGGCAACAGGCGUGUGUGGCCAACACCACGGUCGCGGUCAGACGGAAAGGGGAUUGUGAUCCCUGCUCUAACGUCACUUGCGAUUCUCCACCAUACUCAACGUGCAAAGCACAGGACGACCAACCCACAUGUGUUUGCGUAGAACCGUGUCCUAAGACUCUUAAACCUGUGUACGGGACGGACAACAAAAACUACGACAACGAGUGUCUGUUGAAGUUAGCAGCCUGCAAAUCGAACACACGUAUCCUCAUCGCCGGCUUUGGUCGUUACAAUCCUUGCGAAGGAUUCAACUGUUCUUCUCCUCCAUACUCGUCCUGCCAAGCAAAAGAUGGCAAGGCGACCUGUGAGUGUUCUGAAGAUUGCCCCAAAACACUCAAGCCAGUCUGUGGGUCCGACAACAAUGACUAUGACAACGAGUGUCUGAUGCAAGCGAGGGCGUGUGCGACAAAUAAAACGAUCACUGCACAUCGGAACGGUUAUUGCGAUCCCUGCAAGAACCACAGCUGUAGCACUCCCCCUUACUCAACUUGCAAGGCUGUCGACGACAAGGCUGAAUGUGUUUGUAGCAAGGUAUGUCCACGCUCCCUGGACCUCGUGUGUGGCACGGAUAACAUAACCUACAACAACGAGUGCUUCUUGAAGCGACAGGGCUGCGAGACCAAUCGCACGAUUACGGUCAGACGAAAGGGCCACUGUGACCCGUGCAAACUGUACGAAUGCUCCUCUCCUCCGUACUCUAUUUGCCAAGCUGUGGCUGACAAGCCAAUGUGUGUUUGUCCGAAAGACUGUCCGGCAUCGCUUGACCUCGUUUGUGGCACGGACAAUAUUACUUACUCCAACGAGUGUCUGAUGAAGUACCAAGCCUGUAGAACGAAUAGCGCCUUGAAAGUAAAACGAAAAGGAGACUGCGAUGUCUGUAAAGACUUCGACUGCUCAAGUGCUCCUUAUUCCUCCUGUGAGGCUGUAAAUGACAAACCUAUCUGUGUCUGUCCGAAAAUCUGUCCUAUUACACUUGACCCUGUCUGUGCAUCGGACAAUAACACAUACCCGAACGAGUGUGCGAUGAAACAGUUAGCCUGCCAGUCAGCCAAAGUCCUGACAUUUAGACGAAAAGGAGACUGCGAUCCAUGUAAUGACUUUGACUGCACGGCUCCCUACUCCACAUGCGAGGCAAAAGACGACAAAGCCGUCUGUGUGUGCCCAAAAUGCCCAAAGAUCGUGAAACAGGUUUGCGGAUCCGAUGGCAAGACGUAUGAUAACGAGUGUGUCUUGCGGAUGGCUGCGUGUGAGUCGAACAGGACGCUUACAGUACGAAAUGAAGGCAACUGCGGUCUCUGCGAGGGCUUUUCUUGUGAUUCUGUGCCCUAUUCCCGGUGCACGAUCAUUAACGGCUCUCCUACUUGUGUAUGCCCGCCUUCUUGUCCUAACACUCUGGACCCAGUCUGCGGGUCCGAUCUACAGUCCUACGAUAACGUCUGCUUUCUAAGAAUGCAGUCUUGCCAGCAAAUCUCCCUCAUCACUGUGCUCAGACCUAACUACUGCGAUCCUUGUCAGAACUUUAUUUGCUCUGCCCCUUACUCCUCGUGCGAGGUAAAAGAUAACGAGGCAGUAUGCGAGUGUCCGAAGGACUGUCCCAAGGAGGACGCGGAAGUGUGCGGAACAAACUGGAAGACCUACACCAACGAGUGUAUGAUGAGAAAGCAAGCCUGUAUGAAUAACUCCAUGGUCACAGUGCGCUCAAUUGGACGCUGCGAUCCAUGUGUACGUUAUGACUGCGGUUCAACGAACCCAUACUCCACGUGCAAACCCAAGGGAGACUCUGGCGUUGAGUGCAUCUGCCCGACGUGUCCCAAAGCCAAGGAUUAUCUCUGCGCUAGUAACAAUUUAACAUACAUGAGCAAGUGCCACCUGGAAAGAGCGUCCUGCCAGCUUGGACGGUACCUCACGAUCAAGCAAAAGGGCAAAUGCGUCUGUAGAGCCAAAGUCGACCUGGGUUUUUUAGUGGAUUCUUCAGGUAGCAUCGGCAGGAGAAACUGGGGUCGGACUAAGGCGUUCAUCAAACACAUCAUUGACGAAUUCGAGAUCGGCCCCGACCGCAGCCGCGUAGCAGCGAUAUACUACAGUACGGAGCCAAAGAUCACAUUCGGCUUCGACUACUUUAAGGGCAAUGAUAUUACUAAAAAUAAUUAUAAUCAGCUGAUUGAUAAGAUGGAGUGGCUACGAGGCUACACAUUCAUUGACAAAGCACUAAAACUCGCAAACGAAGAACUAUUUACCAAGGAACGUGGCAUGAGAGAAGAUGUUAAAAAUGUGCUGCUUGUAAUGACAGACGGCAAGCAGUCAACCUUUACCAGUUUUACACCUCUAAACAUCGCAUCACGGCCACUCAAACAAAAAGGUGUUCGUGUCUACGCCCUUGGCAUUGGCAGCGCCGUGAACCGUAGAGAACUCAACCAGAUUGCUACUCACUACAAGAGAGACGUGUUCAUGGCAACUUCCUUCAAGACGCUCGACGAAAAAAUCAAAGACAUCAUUGAAUCGGUUUGCUUUCCAGAUCCUUGUGACACCUUUCUCUGCACCAGGCCCUUCUCAAAGUGUAACGUGGUCGACUCCAUCCCUGUGUGUUCAUGCCCAGACGACUGCACGAACGAGACUAAGCCGAUUUGUGCCUCUGACGGACAGACGUACGACAACGAAUGUCUAAUGCAGAAGCGAGCGUGUGAAAAUAAUCAGAAUCUAAACGUCACCUCCGACAGAGCAUGUCCUUGUAAAGAUCCUGUAGACUUGGCGUUCGUAGUGGACUCCUCAGGCAGUAUCGGACGCAAAAACUUUAACAGCAUGAUGCAGUUCAUCGUUGAUGUCAUCAGAAAUUUCAAUCCGGGACCAAACGGCACCCACGUGUCAAUGGUGUCGUACAGUACAGACGCUAGGGUGGAUUUCAAGUUCAACUCUCUGCGGCCUUCCAACAUCACGACAAGUACAUACGCAGCGUUAUUACGCAGUGUGGACCGUCUAGACGGCUUUACAUUCAUUGAUAAGGCGCUUGCCUUGGCUAAUAAAGAACUGUUCACGGAAGAGGCCGGUAUGAGAAAAAAUGUCCAUAAGAUCAUGUUGCUCCUGACUGACGGCUACCAGACCAAAGACAUGGGCCCAUACACGCCCCUGGACCGAGCAGUUCGUCCGAUCAAGAAGAAGGGGUUCCGUGUGUAUUCCCUCGGGAUAGGUUCGGAGGUGAAUUUGGGGGAGCUACGGCUCCUAGCGUCAAACCCUCUCCAAGACGUCUUUGUUGCUAACACUUUUGACGAACUCAAGCUCAAAGUCAACGAAAUCUCUUACCAGUUUUGCUAUAAAGUCGGUGAUCCAUGCUUGAGUUUCGACUGCAACCGUCUGUAUGGCGAGUGUAAGGUCGUUGGUGACAUGCCUCAAUGCGUGUGUCCGCCCGCCUGCAAGCCAACACUGACACCUGUUUGCGGAUCUGAUGGUGUCACAUACGAGAGUGAAUGCGGAAUGAUCCAGAAAGCGUGUCAAACCAACACCAGCAUCACGCUAGUGGCGAACGAAGCUUGUAAGUGCGACGUCGUCCUGGAUCUAGCGUUCAUCAUCGACUCAUCAGGGAGUAUCGGUCGCAGCAACUGGGAGCUCAUCCGUAACUUCACUCGUCUCAUCAUCGCGAACUUCAAGGUCCAAGAGGGCAACACUCACGUGGCAGCUGUAACGUACAGCAGUGGUGCUAAAGUCGAGUUCACAUUCGACACUUUACGGGGCCCUGAAAGGACACUAGAAAAAUACGGAGAGAUUAUCCAAAAAAUGAGGUGGCAAAGAGGGUACACCUACAUUGACAAGGGUCUGCUUUUGGCCAAUAGGGACAUCUUCACCGAGAAGGCGGGCAUGAGACCGGGCGUGCCUAAGGCGGCGAUUGUUCUGACGGAUGGUUACCAGACGACAGACCGCGGUCCGUUCAUUCCGAUGGCCGAGGCGUCACGGCCGCUCAAGGACAAAGGUGUCCAUAUCUACGCGAUUGGUAUCGGCACUCGUCUCAAUAGGGAUGAACUGCGUGACAUAUCCAGUCAUCCCGAGAAGGAUGUCUUUGUUGCGAGCUCAUUCGCUGAUCUUCAGAACUACGUCCAGGAUAUCGCCAGAGGCAUUUGCAAUAAACGCUCUGGUAUAGAUGUUAUGGACUGGCACGCAAAAAGGACCCCGGGACAUCAAAAUCGUAACAAAAAAGCCUCAUAACGGAUCGAAAAGUACCGUGGGAUCAAGAGGAGUGAUUGGAAAUAUUGGAAUGACACACUUGAAGAAAUAGAAGUUUUGCUGCAGUUUAAAUAAGUUGUCUUUGAUACCCAGUUAUCUUUGCCUAUGCCUUUGUGACGUAGCGCUCGCGCGCUUUGACUUGUAUUAGACACAAAAGAGAGUAGACAGGAAUGGAUUAAGUGAUGUAUAUAGAAAAGCAUUGCCUUGCUAAAUGUUUUUAAAUAAGGCUACGAAAUAUUUGUGUUACAUGACCCCUACAAUCCUUUUUAAACAGGUCCAGAUUCCGACUGGAGUUUCCAUAUAUCUUUACUUUUGCUGCCGGUGGCUCACGGACUCCUGCAGUGUGACCUGUUAAAGGCGGCGGGAGCUAGUGAAUAAAAUUGUUUUAUAACGAGAA